UUUUUUAAUUUUUUUUGCACUUUUAUUUAAAAACAAAUCAACAACAUGCAAUCACAUGCCCUUUUCCCUAUUUGUCUAUCUCUCAAGAAGUCCUUUUAAAGUGCAUUCUAGUCCUUUUAAAGUGCAUUUUACAUUGAUCGUUUGCGCUUGCCAACGUAAUUAUCAAAGGCUUUUUGAAGUUUUGCCGGCAAUUUUUGGCAUCUUAUUUCUUUCCGCUUUCAUAAAUAAACAAAAUAAAUAGGCAAAAAAAUUCUUUAAAAAUUCAAAAAAUUAAAAGCUAGAAAAUGAAUUUAACUUGCUAUGUUUUGUUGAGAAUAUUUCUAAUAAUAUUUGUCAAUCAAGGAUUUAUUAAUGGUCUUCCUUCUUUUCAACAUGAUACUUUUGAAAUAAGUUGUUCUCGUCUGUAUGGUGAAACAACAAACCCUUCAUUUAGUGACAUAUUUUAUAGAAUUAAUUUUUACAAACUCUACAAAAUGUUGAAUCUUGAUGGGAAAUCAAGUCGGGAAACUAUUUGGAUUUUGUUGGCUAAACUGCUUGUGCCAUUACCAAGAUGGGAUCGGGGCGAGAUUUUGCUGAAAUUUUGUCGUGUUGUUUCAUACGAACCUGUGGUAAGAUUGCUGGUAUAUUAUUUUAUAAUUUUUAGCAUAACCAUCGUGGAAAACAACUCAAAACUUGUUUUAAUAAUUUAUUUGAUAUAAAUGAUAGGGGAUUUGCCGGAAUGAGGAAGGGUAAAAUGUACAAUGAAGCUUCAGCUUUAUAUGAAAUGAUGAUACUCGAAAAAUCUUAUAUUUUGGGUGAAAUUCUCUUUAAAGCGCUUGAAUCA